GAUGAUGCAAACUAUGAUGAUAUGGUUGAAGAGUCUUUAUUAAAUAGUUCAUCAAUACCCGGUAUUACCAAUCACAUAAAAGAUCGUAAAAUGAUUAUAUUUCUUAUUGAGGCCUUUAAACGCAACUCAUUCCUCUGGGAUCCAGAUCAUCCACAAUUUCGUGAUCGCAUUAAACGCAAUCAAUUUGUCAAAUGGAUGAACGAUGAAUUUAAGAGACGUUUUAAUUUAACACUGGCCCGUGAUGCGGUAACACGUAAAUGGGAAAAUUUACGUACGGUCUACAAACGUGAAUGCAUUCGCAUGGCUAUGGAGAAUACGAACAUCAGUACAUUGUGGUAUUUCAAAGAAUUGUAUUUUCUAAAUCAUCUGUACGGGGGCAAACAAGAAAAUAUGGAAACGGUUUAUCAGGGAGCAGCUCAACGAAAACGUUUGUUUGCCAUAUGGAACGAUGUAUCCACAAAUAAAAUGAUUGAACUUAUUAAAAAGUAUCCUUGUAUGUAUGAUCGCAACAGUCCCGAUUAUGGUCAUAAAGAGAAGAAAGCUGAGGCAUUACAGCAAAUGACUGCAGAACUUGGACCAAAUGUUGAAGUCUCCCCAUUACAGAUAUCAAAACGUAUUGCACAGUUGAGAUAUGAUUAUGGAAAACAAAAACAGGAGAGAAUUAGAUGUGAAAUUACCGGAAAUAUGUUUACACCCAGCUAUAGCUAUUACGAUCAAAUGCUAUUUAUGGAUGAUGACAUUGCACCGUUUAAGUGUGAUCAAUGUAUUAUGGUUUUGAAAUCAAUACCAGAACUGGAAGUUCAUCAACUAUCUCAUAAGCAACAGUCGAAUUAUAAUUGUCCCGUUUGCCAGUUGUCUUUCCCGGAUGUGGAACAAUUAAAUCGUCACAAACAAAUCCAUCCACAAUUCAGAGAUGUCGUGUAUCAAUGCGACCUGUGCACAGCUAGUUUUCGUGACAAAAAUAACUACGAGGAACACACACGAAGACAUAAUGAUGAACUAUUGUUACCUGAUUUAAAUCUGAUUACCCCAGGCGACAGCAAUGACGAAGUUAUAACCGGUGAUAACACAUCGUAUUUUUCUUCGUCGGCAGAUGACUCUUCUAAUUCGUCGGCGAAACACAGAUGUUAUUAUCCUGGUUGCAAUCGAGAGUUUACAUCACGUUCCAAUGUUAUGGUACACACAAAAACUCACUACAAGGAAAGUGAAUACAUUUGCGACAUAUGCGGCAAAGUAUUUCGUACUUCGAAAAAUCUACAAAAUCACAAACAAAUACAUAGUGCGGUUAAGAAAUAUGUAUGCAAAGUAUGUGGAUCAGCAUUCGCUCAAGCUGCAGGACUAUAUCUACACAAAAGACGACAUAAUCGCCAAGUGUAA